GGUUUCGGCUGAACAACCAGCUCUACGACAUCAUCACCAUGCGCUACGCCGACAAGAACAUGAACAUUGACUUUGACAGCUUCAUCUGCUGCUUCGUGCGCCUGGACGCCAUGUUCAGGGCAUUCCACGCCUUUGAUAAAGAUGGAGAUGGCAUCAUUAAGCUCAAUGUCCUGGAG